GAAUCAAAUUGCUUCCAUUUAAACUGACUGUGCUACUUGCUCUCCGUGUCACAGGAUGAGAAUUUAAAAAAUAAAAACAAAAAAUAGCAACUACCCAAUAUGUUUACUGUGAGGAUUAACAGGUUAGCAGGGCCUGGCACGUAGUAAGUAUUUAUAACCUUUAUUAUUGGUGUCAUUAUUACUAAUCCUCCUCUUGUUUUGUCCAUAGCAUCUCCAUUCUCCAGGUUCUUUAAGCCAAAAAGCCUGCAGCGGCCUUCACCUCGGGGAAGGACAGUCGCUGCCCCAUAUCUUGGAGUUUGCCUUCAGAAUAUCUGUUCCUCUUACCAUGACUGGGCUCAGGUCUUCCUGCUCCCAGUUCCCACCUGACACCAGGCUCAGUCAGAACUUCCAGUACACCGUCACUCUCCUCCACCGUGAUUCUCUAUGACGUCUUCCCACCCCAGCCACUACUUGCUGCUUUGUUUUGUAUACACAUUUCUGUGCAGUUUCUCUCCUGCUAUCCUUACAUGCCAUUACACACCUCUUUUGUCUUCAGUGGACUGUAAGCUCCUUGAAGAUGGAGACCAGUCUUACUCCUCCUGUACUCUUGGCACCCAGCGAAAAGCCUCAAGUCAGGCAGGUGUUGUCAGGAAAUAUUCGGUGUUACUAUUUUCCUGUUCCUACCCUGUCACCUGUCGGGAUAACUGCUAACAGUCUCCUCCCCCGGCCUCCCCCGCUCUAUUCUCCACUGGCUCCAUCCUCACUCGGUUGUUCUUCCUUAAAGCAUUGCAUUGCUCAAACCCCAGGACGACGGCCUGUUGACUACCACGCUUUCUGUUUUGUUUAUGUUUAUCUGCUUGGUUUUCAAGGCUCCCACCAAUAUGGCCCCUUCCCAAAUAUCCACACACACCCUGAUUUUCCCCAUGAAACCCAUUCCCACCCCAAAAAGAGAGAGUCUUGCAAACGCAUCCUUUUCUGUUAGCUCUUGCUUCCUACCUAAGUUGGAACAGUCCCCUGUGGAAAUCCUACCUGUCUUAUUUAGGAAUCCUCCUCUCACCGCCAGAGACUUCCAUGGCUUUUCUUGGAUUUUUAACUUUGUGAGCAAAGACCUCAGCCUUUAGGUAUGUAGUCCUAGGUUACAGUCAUUCCGACUAUUACGUUACGCUCUGUGAGAGCCGUCAUCGGGUAAGAUGCUUUUGGCGGUAAGGAAGGAAAAAGGUCCAAUCCAGAUGGGUACCCUCAGUAAAAGCUCACGUAACUGAAGCUUCUCCUAAGGCUGCCCUAAGGCCUGGCUCGGCAGUCACCAGCCACCUGUGUACUUUAGGUCUCUCCCUUGUCUUCCUCUGGGAAGUUUCGGUGCCCCAGAACCACACACUUCCUUAUUACUUCUAGCAGGAAAAAGGGUCUAGAACCCACGGUGUCCCCAGCAAAAGUCUGGAGCGCCCCGGAAACUGCGCCUCGCCAGUCCCUGCAGCCUGGAGGUCGGGAUGUGCUGAUGGACACGUUCCACCUGUGGAACUGCAGUACGUUCAGCCUCUCAUAGCCACACGGACCCUCUAACAGAGACAGGAACUGGUGGUACAGGGGAAUAGUAACGUGGGAGAGACACCCACGAAUGUCCCUAGAUGCUGUUUUGGUGUUUUCCACUUAACACUGCCGGGCACACAACCGGGUGCCCAAGGACUGACUGUCGGGUAUCUCAAAAUACCAGCCUCUCCUGUGGGUGUUCCUGAGAGCGGAAGCUAGAAUUCUGUUCCCCUGGUCCCCGCUGUCCUCUCCCACCACCCCGAGUGGUCACCUCGCCUCUGCUUCUCACAGAGUCCUGUCUGCUACAGACAGACGUGCCCACACCUUCGUUACGUUGUUUUAAACUGCGAACAAGUUCUAUGUGAGAGUUCCUAGUCCAGCCAGUGGCUCCCCUACCCAGCCUCCUGCUGUCUCAGGGUGGAGCCAGAUCAAGAGUCCUGAGUCUGAGAGUCAGCCCCCACCCUCACAAGGUCCCCUGGGGCCCUUGAGGGCUUCCCACUAUGGCUGGCUCUUCUGGGCACUGGGCAAGUCUCAGCUUUUGUGAACUGAAGCUACAAUAUCCUCCUCACCCCCUCUUCAAAGAGAAAUAUGGAGCGUAACACCCCCGCCCCUUCUCCCCCCACCUGCCUUCCCAGGCCCUCGGUCACCCCUCUGCACAUGCCCAGUACACUCAGCCCACAGUGUUCCCCUGGCUCACACCCAUGGCAACCUGCUUGGCAACCCGGAGUCAGUUGGGCUGAGGCCCGAGUCCAACUGUCAAAAGGGGCCAAGGCUGAGGUGGAGGAGGCCGGGCUGUGGGUAAGGCUUCCUGUGGGUUCAGGCCUGCGGGCCGGAGCAGGGCAGACCCUCACGGGCUCCGCUGGGCAGGGGCAGCGCGCUCACGGGCCCGAGUCACAGCUGCUGCCGCUGAGCAGGCAGGGCGGCCACAGCCUGGGAUCUCAGCGGGCCUGGGGCUGAGCUGGUCCUCCAGGUGACCGGGUCGGGAGGGGAGGCUGGCUUGCGCCGGGGGUCCGUUUGUCAUCGGGGUUAGGAUUUGUGAAGCGAAGUAUGGCCUUCCCCUCAGAGGUCCCUACACUUUGGGAGGAGGGGAGGAAAACGAACAUAGGCAUUGAGCUAGGUAUAUGCCAGGUGCUUUCCAUGUACCAUCCCCUGAGCGGUAACAGGCGCACAGCUGAGGCGAUCACACAGGCUGAGAAGGGUUUAAAGCUGUCUUCUCCACAAUCCCAGCUCUCGCUCUCUCCUGAACUGAGGUUCCCAGGACACCCUGCGCGUCUGUGGGAGCGAGUGGGUCCGCAGAGCGGCUGCUGGCCCCUGGCCACUCACCGUGUCCUCUGCUGGGCUGUGGGCUGCGACUCGGACAACGAAGUGCUCGUUCCAGGUGGUGCCUCCGAAGAGAAGGCCAUGGAACCCUCCGGAGCGCCUGGGGGGCCUCUGCCCAAGUACUGCAGCGUGGCCACCGCCCUGGAGGCCCCCGCCUGGGCCGGCGCUGCUCCUUCCUGGAACCUGGCCUUCAGCUGCCCCUUGGCCCUCCAAGCUCCCUGGCUCGCCUGGCACAGCCCUCUCACCAGAUGUGCAUCCUAUCAACCACGUCUCCCCAUGGCUGACCCAGCCCUGCAGGGGCCCGGCAGGCUGGGGAGAGUUGGAGACGCUGCUGGCACGUGGGUGCUGGCAAGACGGGGACCCGAUGGCCUUUAUCACCGGGCUCAGAUAAAGCCUGCUCCGGAGCUGGAGAGGCAGGGCGCUCUGCUUGUGGAAUUCGAGGCUCCCCUGGUCACAGGCCCACAGCUGCCAGCCCCGCGGCAGAGCGUGGUCUUAGGAGAGGAUGUCGUCCGGUUCUCGCCGCCCGAGGGAUCCUCCCUGCAGCCCGGGGACACGGUGCUGGCGCCCUGGGAGCCGGACGGACAGUGGUAUGGCCCUGCCACUGUUUCGGGCUUGGAGGCGAGAGGCCCCCAGAGAGCAUCUGAAGAAGAAAUCACUGUCCACUUCUGGGAUGGCAGGACCGCCACAGUGCCCCGGGGCGGGGUGUGGGGGGUGGCCCCUGCGGUCUGGAAGAAGGCCGUGGAGCGGCUGCAUGGGCCUUUCACCAGCAGGCCCCCCGCCACCCUCCUCUGGGCCCCUUGCUGCUCUCUGCUGGGGCCGGGCGCUGGAUAUGUCACCCACGGGCUUCCCCUGGGCACCCCGUUCCUGUGCCCUCCCUGCCACCCCCGCGCCUGCUGCCAGCUGCUGUGCCAGGGCUGCCCCGGCUGCUGCUCUUUGGCUGGACCCACCUGGUGGCCUCUCAGCAGGACCUUGGGGGCCUCGGCCAGAGAACACCCAGAGGCGGAGCUAAAGCCUCUGCCCCUAGAGGCUCCCAAAAAGGAGAAAGUGGCUGUACUGGCUCCCAUGGCUGUUUCUUCCUCCUCCUCCUCCUCCGCCUCCGCCGCCUCCUCCGCCUCCUCCUCCUCCGAAGGGGAUUUAAAGAAAGAUCUGGAGACAGGCCUCCCUCAGAGGCUGGUGGUGGACAGCACAGUCACCUCCGACCCCGUCCCUCCCGAGAAGACGCGGAGGAGGCAGGCGGGCCUGGGCCAGCCUGAGUGGCGGUACUGGAAGAGGAACGGGCCGGAGCCGCUUCCCGGGAAGCCAGGCAAAAGAUGCUGCAGCUUCCAGAAAGAAGAGAAGGGCCACAAGCAGCAGAGAGGACAAAUGGCAGAAGGGGGACACACCAAGGAGCCGGUCCUGGAAGUAACCAACGCAAAGCCUCUACAGACCCUGCCAGACAAAGCGGAGCACGGGAAACUGAGUCAGGGGACCCCUGUGACACGUCAGAGACACCGGAAUGCCUUAGACUAAACACCCUGAGGAUCUAGGUAAAGCAAAGCAGAGUGAAUACCUGAGGAAGAAUUACAAAGUGGCUGGCAAAGCCUUCAGUGGUAGAGUCAGGACACAAAUGACAGUCGCAUAAGCAGCAGCAUCUUCACCCCUUUUAAGACUUCCCUGCAGACGGGCGCAGGAAGGCACGGCCUGGCCAGGUCUCCCGCCUGGCGAGAUGAGCGUGAGGAUGCUGCUCCACAGAAGUCACAGGCCGUGGUCAGCCUGCUUUGGGCAGGUGUAUCCACAGCCUCUCUGCCACCUUUUCUUAUAAACCCACAAUUGUACAUGAAUGACAUUUUGUUGCUCUUAAUAUCAAUAAAAAGGAAUUCUCUUUA